UAAAAAUCUCUUCAAAAUUUCUGAAUAAAAAUUUAUCUUUUUUUUUGGUUUUGAUUUGGCCAUAAACUAUCGAAUGUUUGAUCGCAUAUCACACAUUGAAGUUUUCUCUUUUUUUCAAAUUCAAUGAUGAAUGAAAUAAUAUCAGAAACAAAUCAAACAACCGCUUUAUUGGCUAUCGAUAAUGAUCUAUUACAAGUACGAUUCUGGGUUCAACGUAUUUUUGUUCCAGUGAUUACUGUUGUCGGUGUUUUUGGUAAUCUAAUUACAUUGAUUGUUAUGUUUCAGAAAAAAAUGCGUUCAAUUACAUCGACAACACAUAUUUAUCUUGCUACAUUAGCUAUAUUUGAUACAUUUUAUUUAUCAUUUUCAUUUCUAUUGUCCAUACAACAUUAUCCAUCAUUUUCCGGUGGUUUAUCAUCAUUAUCAAAUGAUUCAUUUAAAAUAUUAUACCUAUUAUGUUAUCCUGGUAUAAUAUUUUGUUGUGAUUUUGCAUCAAAUACAUCAAUAUGGUUGACUGUUAUAUUUACAAUUGAACGUUAUAUUGCCAUACGUUUUCCAUUACGUUUACGUGUAUUCUGUACACGUUCAUUAGCAUUAAAAAUGAUACCAUUAAUCGGUUCGGUUUGUUUUUUAUUAACAUUACCAACAUAUUUUGAAUGGAAAAUUUGUGCCGACGAUGAUGUUACCGAUGAUAAUGUAAAAUUCAUUCGAAUCUGUGAUUCAGAUUUGGCUAAAAAUCAAACUUAUAAAAUGAUUUAUUUAGUAUUUAUAACAAUGAUUUUUACAUUUAUACCAUUAUCAUUGUUAACAAUAAUGAAUGGUUUUUUAAUCUGGUCGGUUAAACAACAAACACUUCGUCGUCAUCAAUGGAUGACUCAUUCGAAUAGUUUUUGUGCAAAUAAUAGUGGUGAUUCUUCGUCGUUGACAUCAGGCAUUCGAACAUCAUUACAAUCAUCUUCGAAUCAAAUGAUAACAACAACAACAACAACAACAAAAUCAAUUCGUUCGGUUAAUCGUUUGGCAAAUCCACAACAAAUCCUACUUGAAACGGCAAUCAAAUUUAAUCGUUAUCGAAUUCUUCGUUAUCAAGAUGCACAUGUAACACGGUUAUUGAUUGCUGUUGUUAUAUUUUUUAUUUGUUGUCAAUUACCAACAGCAUUGGUUAUUGUUUAUGAUACAUUUCAUCAUCAACCAUUAAAUAAUGAUAAUAAUCAGGAUAAAAAAAUCAAACAAAUUCUUGGUAAUAUUUGUAAUUUAUUAAUGGCAAUUAAUUCAGCCGGUAAUUUUAUUAUUUAUUGUCUACUUUCACGUCGUUAUCGUGAAACAUUGUUGGCUAUGAUAUAUCGAAUUUUCAACAGGAAAAAAUCACAAAUAAGAUCAACCUAGAUAUGGACAACAACAACAACGACAACUAAGAUUGAUUUAUGGAAUCACAACGCUUCUAAAUCACCAAAUUUUUGCUGUCAGAAUUGAGAUGAUGAUGACAACA